UUCACUGAAGGACUUUGGCUCCCUCAGGCUCCAGGGCAUCAUGCCUUACUCUAAGCAGCCUAAUAAAUUCCAGAUUCUGAGCCUUCUGCAGUGGCCCUUGAGCUACCUUGCCAUAUUUUGGAUCUUGCAGCCAUUGUUUAUUUCUCUACUAUUUACACCCUUGUGGCCAUUACCAGCGUUUUACUUUGUCUGGAUGUUCUUGGACUGGAAGACUCCAGAGCAAGGUGGCAGGCGUUCAGCCUGGGUAAGGAAUUGGUGUGUCUGGACUCACAUCAGGGACUAUUUCCCCAUAAGGAUCCUGAAGACUGAAAACCUGUCACCUGAGCACAACUAUAUCAUGGGGAUUCAUCCUCAUGGCCUCCUGACCUUUGGUGCCUUCUGCAACUUCUGCACUGAGGCCACAGGCUUCUCAAGGACCUUCCCAGGCAUCACCCCUCACUUGGCAACCCUGUCUUGGUUCUUCAAGGUCCCUCUUAUUAGGGAAUACCUCAUGGCCAAAGGCGUGUGCUCUGUGAGCCAGCCAGCCAUUGACUACUUGCUAAGCCAUGGCACUGGCAAUCUCGUGGGCAUCGUAGUGGGAGGAGUGGGAGAGGCGCUACAGAGUGUACCCAAUACCACCACCCUCAUCCUCCAGAAGCGCAAGGGGUUUGUGCGCACUGCCCUCCAGCAUGGGGCUUAUCUGGUCCCCACGUUCACUUUUGGAGAAACAGAGGUGUAUGAGCAGGUGCUAUUCCACAAAGGCAGCAGGAUGUACAAGUUCCAGGCCUUCUUCCGCCGAAUCUUUGGUUUCUAUUUUUGUGUCUUCUAUGGACAAGGCUUUCACCAAGGCUCCACUGGUAUCUUGCCAUACAGCCGGCCUAUUGUCACUGUGGUCGGGGAGCCUCUACCACUACCCCAAAUUGAAAAGCCAAGCCAGGAGAUGGUGGACAAAUACCACGCACUCUACAUGGAUGCUCUGAGCAAACUCUUUGAUAAGCAUAAGACCCAAUAUGGCUGCUCAGACAGCCAGAAGCUGCUUUUCAUGUGAUUGAAGAGACUGCAUGUAUAUCCAAGAGUACUGGAGCUCCUGCCUUGGAGAGGAGAUUCACUUGCUGCAAACUUAAGAAAAGCCUGGAAAAGGAAGGGAGACUAGGGGAGUGUGUGUGAUAGGGGAGGAUGCUAGGAGUUUCUUCCUGGCCACAAUGACGCCCUCCUAGGAGUUGUACUGAGGAGUGUCAGAGGGGAGCAUCCCAGACAUCUCUGGUCCCACUCUGUCCUGGCUUUCCUUUUUAAGCCUGACACCAAAUGUUCUGAAGGACUCAAAUGAUAGCCAGGCAGCCCCCAGUCAAGUUUUCAAAAAUUUUAAUACAAGUUUAAAUUGACAUACAAUUUUUAUAUCACAUAUCUAACCCAUUUAAAUUGCAAAAUUUAGUAGUGUUUGGUACAUUAACAGUGUUAAGCAACUACUGCCACCAUUUAGAAUUAGAAUGUGUUUCAGCCCCACAACAACCUGGUACACAUUAGCAGUCACUGCUUACCUCUCCAGGCUCUGGAAACCACUGAUCUACUUUAUGUCUCUAUGAAUUUACCUAUUCUUAGCAUUUCAUAUAAAUACAUUAAAUAGUCUCGUGAUUGACCUCUUUCUCUUAGCACGUUUCCAAGGUCCACUCAUAUUGUAGCAUGUAUCAGUGCUUCAUUCCUUUUUAUGGCUGAAUAAUAUUCUAUGGUACAUAUAUACCUCAUUUUGUUUAACCAUUCACAAGUUGGUGGGCAUCUCUUUUGUUCCCACUUUUUAGCUAUGAAUAGUGUAUGUUUUUGUGUUACAAUCCAUUAGCCUCAAAUAUAGAGGCUUACUUUAUACACAAACCACUGCUCCUAAUGCCUUUUAGAUAGAUAAAAGGUACCUAACUCAGGAUCACGUUUCAGUUAGCAUAGGUAUUUCACAAAGGUCAACUUGUCCUCGUAAUGUUUCCUUGACUUCCAAAUCUGAAAAUGUUUACAACCAUUUACUUGCUCUCUGUGCUUUUAAUCAUCACUAAAUUCUGUCUAAAGAUUUUUCCAGAAGCUGUAUUCUGAGAAUUUUAAGAGUUAAUAAAAGUACAUAUAUCCUUUCCUUCACAAGGCAACCAACAAGAGACACAUUUGCACAGCAAAUGACCAAAAGUUAAGAGAUCAUUUAGACUACUAGACUAUUUUCCUUUCUGAGGUGUUUUUUUCCCUUUGUUUUAAACAGGGUAUCACUCUGUAGUGCAGUUUGGCCUUGAACUUGCUUAUGUAGCCCUGUCUGGCCUUGAACUCACACUUCUCCACCUGCCUCAGCAUCCCAAAUGAUAGGAUUACAGACGUGGGCUUAUUUAUCUUUAACUUUUAAAUAUUGGGCCUCAGUGGCAUCUCACCCUCCUCAUUCACUUUAUGCUUUCUCAGGUCUAAAAUAUUGCCUUGGUAAGCAAUACACUAGUACAUCCAAUUUAUCAACCUCACACAAAUAUCUGACCUCCAAUAUGCCCAAUAUUAAGCAAAUUAUUUCCCUCUUCCCUACACCCAAAUCCUAUCAAUUUAUUAAUAUUAACCCAACCUGUCUCUCUUCUCUUUUCCAUUGUAUCUACCAAACUUCACCAAAAUCCCUAGCCUAUUACUAUGCCUUCUAGUAAUGUUAUUUUAAUCACCCAUUUGUGAGACUACUUCUAGGGCAAUCUUAAAUCUAACUAGUCACUCCUUUGCUUAAAAUUGUUUAUUGCUCCUACCAGAAUGUCCUAAAAUUUGAUCUAUAUUCUACUACUGUUUGUUAGAUGUUAAUGAAUAUUGCACAGUGAAAGAAUAGUAAAAUGAGUUGUGGGACAAAUGGAUUUGUUGAAGUACUUGCAUAGUCUUUUAUGAGUUUUUCAGUCUUUACUACAUUAGCAGACAUUGUGAUACCAGGGAUUGAACCCAAGGUCUUCACACUGAGCUACAUCUCCAAAUCCCUCUUUUUUUUUUUUAACAUUUUGUAUUUUGAGAAAGGAUCUUACUUAAAUUGCUAAGUUUCCCAGGUGGGUGUAAGUGGGAUUGAACUUGCAUUCUUCAUGCCUUGGCCUCCCAGAGUGCUGAGAUUACAACGCUUGCUGCAUUUCUCAAAAUUAUCUGAAAAAUAGAACCCUUGUUUCAAAUAACAACUAUCAACACUUUACAGCACACUUAGAGUUCCUCUAAGUACAAUCUUAGAAAUGCUGGCCUGUAGGAUAAAAUUCAGCCUCUUUAUACCAAAGAAGGAAAUAUUUUUGGUUUGGGAGCUGUCAGCUUGGAAGACGCUUUGUAAGAGAAGCUAGAUUCAUAGACUGAAUCAAAUGUUCAUGAGGAGUGAUCAGGAGGUAACUGAAUAAUAGAGGAUUCGGAUUUGAAUUAUUCUUUGUUUUGGUUGUUUCUUCAAGAAGGAGGAAUGAGAGCAGAUUCUUAGGAAAGUCUUAUUGGCACACGUAGAACAAAUUUACCUGUGCUUCAUUGUUAUAGCUCCCAGAAGAGAGAAAGAACACAUGAUCUGCAGUUUAAACCUUUGCCUUCUUAUAGCACCAUCCAGGCAAUCCUCCUCUAAAAUUCCCUCUUCCAAUACCUUUUCUCCUUAUACUCACCCUCUCCCCCACAAUGUAACCUCUCUCUCUCCCUUUCCUUUCCUCUACUUCUCUCUGAAUGGUUGUGAGAUACCCUAAUACUUUUAAGCAUUUGCUUCAUACUCUGGAUGCCAUAAUGACUUCAUACAUGAUGAUCAAUGAGGAAACCACUCAGUAGAAUUUAGUCAUGGAAUGUAAGUGGGAAGGAACACUUCCAGUGAGUGACCAAGAUGGUGACUGUUAGUGAACCAAAUGACCAGGGAUCUCUCCGAAGUAACGACAGAGGCAAAAACUGAGCAGAGCCAAGCAUGGUGGCGCAGACCUGUAAUCACAGUACUCAAGAGUUUGAGGCUAGUCUGGGAUACACAGCGAUCUUAAAGACGGCCUGAACUACACAGUGAGACUCUUAUCCCAAAAAAAGUGAGCAGAGUACUUAAAUGAUGUCCUGAGGGCUACCUCAUAGAGGGGAGAGCUGUACUUAGUCAUAGGUUUUUAGAUGCAGGCUAUGAAGGUGUUCAAAACAUUCUCAUACAUAUAUCAGUUGAUCAGUCCACUGUGAAGCCAUCAGAGGUGUCUUACAUUCUGGAUCCUGUUAAUCUUUUCAGCAUAAUCUUCAAUCAGUCUCUAUCAUGUGCUAUAUUGGAUAACAUCGUAUUUUCUGAACAUGUUCACAUCAUGUUUCUACCAUGGUAAAGCCUAUUUGUCUUUUAAGCCCACAUCAAAUAUCACCUUCUCAGUGAUGCCUUCAGCAGGCAGAAUGAAUGGCUCUUUCUUUCAUUCUCCCAUAGCUUCUUGCGGUCUCUACUAUGGGUCUCACCAUAUUAUAUUAUAGUAAAAUUAUUUGCUUCUAGGCAACUACUAGGUUGAGAGCUUCUUGAGAACAGAAGCUACCUCAUAUUUGUUGUAGCAUUUUGAAUGUCCACAACAGGACCUAGCAUAUGAUACUCCUAUAAUCUCCGGGCAGUAAAGAAGGAGUUUCAUAAAGUCUUUCACAGAAGAAAAGCACUAAUAAGGUAGCUAAAUCAGGAUAUAUAGGUCAAAAUUAUGCUAAACAAUGAAAUGCUAAUGAAUUUAAAUCAGGUGACAAAAAUUGCAUAAAGGAAAAACUAAUGUUUUGAGAAAUUUAAAUUUAUCAUAAAUACUUGAAAAGUGAAGACUUAAUACAGCUUCAACAAUACAGUACACUGAGCUCAGUACACUGAGCUCCAUGCGCUGAGGAGCUCUGAGUGUGUGGCUCGCAUCUCCAUCCCUACCCUUAGAGCAUUUCCUAACUAAUUAUAGGUGCUCAAAAAAUAACUGUGGUUCAAAGCAAAUUACAAGUGGAAAAAAAAUAACUGUGGAACAAAUGAAUCCAAAUGGUCUAUGAUAUGGAAGCAAUUUCCAAUUUUACUAAUCAAAUCGCUUACUAUAUAAAGUGAACUAUCAAAAUGGAAACUUCGUUUUGUCACUCUUUAUAUAUGUUAAAGCCCAUUAACUAUUAAGGGCAUAUAAAGGAGAAACUUGGAAAUUUUCAGAUAUAACUUUCUGUAUUUCUUGAAUAGAUGGUAAUCAGAGAGCUUCAUGAUACACACCUUGAGUUAUAGUCUCACACAUCAAAGACCUGUUAUAUAAUUUAAUUGGAGACCUCAACUCUCUGUUAUCAGAAUAUGAUGAAUCUAGUGGACAAAAAAUUGAUUUAAAAAGCAUGGCAUCUGGACAAGGUAGUAUGUACCUGUGGUCUCAGCCACUCAGUAAGCUGGGGCAAAAGAGUUUCUUGCACUCAGGAGUUUGACAUCAGCAUGGACAUCAUAGCAAGGCCAUGUCUCAAACAAAACACUGGUACAGAAGGAAGUUGGGGGGGCAUGGCCUAGUGAUGAGACACUUGCCUGUAUAUACAAGGCUUUUGGUCCCAUCCCCAGCACAGCUCUAACAAAAGUAUGGAGAUCAAUAAUACCAUAAAUAAGAAGGCUUAGUUGAAUUGAAUGGUAAAAAACUUGGUAAGCAGGACAGGAAAUUAUAUUUUCUUUAUAAAUCAUUCACAACUACUAUUUAUACAUUUGGACAUUUAAAAACACUCAGUAAAUAAAAGGGCAUAAAUUCUAUGCACCAUAGUCAUAGGACACACUUCAGUAAACUUAGAAAUAAAUAACAAAUAUAGACUUAGUGUCUACAGCUAAGUGAGAAUUAAAAAUACUCUCCUGACACAUGGAUCUGAAAUUUAGAGAAUAUGAAAUAUUUUGGGAGAAAUUAAUAAAAUAUAAUUAUCCACAUAAAAUGUAUGGAAAAACAAAAAUAUCCUGAAGUAUCAAAAAGUCAGAAAGCAAAGAGGUGCUCAAAAACUGAAAGAACAGGCCAAAUGUGGUGGAGCAAGCCUGUCAUCCCAGCACUUGGGAGGCUGAGGCAGGAGGAUCACCAUGAGUUUGAGGCCAGCCUAAGUUCCAUAGUGAGUUCAAGACCAGCCUAGACUGCAUAGUGAAAACAAAACAACAACAAAAAGAAAAGACAGAAGUCUGUCAAGGGGACAUAGGAGCAAUCUGAAAAAGCUCCCAAUGACCUAACAGAGAAAUUUGAGCAACAAGACAAAUAAUAUAAUAUUUUGUUACAAUCCAAGUGUAUUAUUAAUGUGUCUAGUAAUAUAUACUUUAGGUUAUAAGAUAGUAAUAUAAUAUACUCUAAUAGUGAGCUUAUAAUACAAAUAAUAUUUUAUAAAUAUUUAUUAGUACUAUUAUAUUAUAUAACAUGAGCCAAUAUUGAUAUAAAGUAUUGAAUAUUUGAAUAAAUGGUAGGAAAAGUACAAAUCUUUACAUAAGAAGCACUAUAUAAAUAAUAUUCAUGAAUACCUCCUCCUCCGAGAGAUGGAACUUAACACUUCCAAGGAUAGACUAGACUUAGUAACUCAGUUUCAAAGAAAAAAGUGUCAAAAUGGAAAAAUAGUAACUUUGUAUUCCUAAUAUAUCUCAGAUUGAGGGAUGUUGUUCAGAAUGCUUGGUCAGUAUGCCUCAAGAUCAUCCAAGUCAUGAAAACAAGGAAAGAGUAUUUAACUGCCACAGACUGUAGGGAGACUAAGGAAACAUGAUGCCUAAAUACACUAGACAUCUUGAUGUGCAUCUGGGGACAAAAACAAAAUAUUAGUAGGAAAACUGGUGAAAUCCUAAUCAAAUUUGGAGUUUAAUUAAUAGUAAAUUAGUAUCAAUUUCUCAGUUUUGAAAAAUGUGUUAUGUUUAUACAAAAUGUUAAUAUUAGGAGAAAUUGAGGAAGGGACACCAAGUAGUUCUAUGCAUCACCUUUGCAAUUUCCCUCAGAAUUUUUGCACUUU